AUGAGCUACACCCAGGAGCCGUUUCCCAACAUCAUUUCGGAGCAGAGCCUCUCACGCUUUGGACCAGAUGCUCCAUUUCGUCAUCGCAAGGUGAUCAGAGACUGGGUAGAGAGCCUGUUUGUCCAGGCAGGCCACACAAAGCUCAUCGAAUUCAGCACGACAGUGGAGCUCGCCGAGAAGAGGGGAGAGGAAUGGAUCCUGACGCUACGGAAAGAAAUCCCAGGAAGAGACCGGGACAUCUGGUGGCAAGAGACGUUCGAUGCGCUGGUGGUUGCUUCGGGGCAUUAUUAUGUACCGUUCAUACCCACUAUUCCCGGGCUCAUUGAGUAUGAUCAACGAUUCCCGGGCCGCAUUCACCACAGCAAACACUACCGCUCUCCUGAGCUUUUCAGAGACAAACGCGUCGUAGUUGUCGGAGGGUCCAUCUCCGCGAUUGACGUUCUCCAAGAUAUCAAAGACGUCGUGAAGCAGCCAGUGUAUGCUUCGCUCAGACAGCCUCUUCCAACUGUCGGAUGGGUUCCCUUCACACACCCACGCAUCUCAAUCAAGAAAGAAAUCAUACGCUUUGAUCCUGAUUCAGGCCGCAUCUACUUCAAUGACGGUACGUCGUUGACGGAUGUCGAUCACAUUGUCUUCGCGACCGGAUACAACUUCACGCUACCUUUCUUGCCAAAUAUCAAGAUUCCCAACCGGCGCAUUCCUGGACUGUAUUUGCAUGUAUUCAGCAUCGCUGAUCCGACUCUCAUCUUCAUCGGUGCGGUCACUGGUGGCUUCACCUUCCGCGCAUUCGAGUACCAGGCUGUUGCUGCAGCACGCGUAUUGGCCGGGCGUGCAGCGUUGCCAUCAAAAGAAGCAAUGCUCCAAUGGGAGCGUGACCGCCUCAAGGAGCGUGGCGAGGGAAAGCCGUUCUACACGCUAGCGCCUGAUUGGGAAGCCUACUUUGAGGAUCUGCGUGCUAUCGCCGGUGACCCUGCGCCUGGCACGACCGGAAGAGUCCUGCCGAAGUUCGAUAAGCAGUGGUUGAAGACGUUUGAGGAAGUGCUCGGUAUCCGAUUGAAUUGGUGGAAGAGUGAGACUGAGAGGGCGGAGGCGGAGGCGAAGGGCAACGGCGAGGAGAGGCUCAAGGCGCGCUUGUAA